AUGGAUGAUGGGAGGAAACUCAUGACAGCCUUUUCCCCUUGUACCUGCUCUGCUGACGUGAGAAAGGGGAGGAGAGUUCGGAGGAAGGGGUGGGGAAAGCCGCGCAGAGAUCUCAGAGACGACGAAGGCGUCCGCGGCUGCGGAGCGGGGUCCGUCUCGGGGUGUCUGUGCGGCUGCGACGCGCCACCGGGCCGAGGACAGCGCAUCGUCUCGGAGCGGGCCGGCAGGCCCCGUGUGGUCGGCAAGCUGGCUCCCCGGGUGGCCACCGGGACCCCCGAGCCCAAUGGCGGGGGCGGCAGCAAAGCGGACAGCGCAGGCGAGAUCACCCCCAGCCCCAACGGAGGAGUCGGGACCCUGGGAGAGGCGGUGACCGCCGAGCAGCUGCAGGGCGAGCGCGCGCGCGCCCGGGAGGGCACCGAGGCGGGCCUGGACAGCAGCAGCCUGUCGCUGGCCGUGCCCCCGGGGCCCCUGAGCUUCGAGGCGCUGCUCGCCCAGGUGGGAGCCCUGGGGGGCGGCCAGCAGCUGCAGCUCGGCCUGUGCUGCCUGCCCGUGCUCUUCGUGGCGCUGGGCCUGGCCUCCGACCCCAUCUUCACGUUGGCGCCCCCGCUGCAUUGCCACUACGGGGCCUUCCCCCCCAAUGCUUCGGGCUGGGAGCAGCCCCCCAACGCCAGCGGCGCGGGCGUGGCCAGCGCGGCCCUAGGAGCCAGCGUUGCCAGCCGCCUGGCCGCCACCAGUUCGGACCCUGCGUGCAGCGGCUUCGCCCCCCCAGACUUCAACCACUGCCUCAAGGACUGGGACUACAAUGGGCUGCCCGUGCUCACCACCAACGCCAUCGGCCAGUGGGACCUGGUGUGUGACCUAGGCUGGCAGGUGAUCCUGGAGCAGAUCCUCUUCAUCUUGGGCUUUGCCGCCGGCUACCUGUUCCUGGGCUACCCUACAGACAGGUUUGGCCGCCGUGCGAUUGUGCUGCUGACCUUGGGGCUGGUGGGUCCCUGUGGAGUGGGAGGGGCUGCCGCAGGCUCCUCCACAGGCGUCAUGGCCCUGCGAUUCCUCCUGGGCUUCCUACUUGCAGGCGUCAACCUUGGAGUCUACCUGAUGCGCCUGGAGCUGUGUGACCCAACUCAGAGGCUUCGUGUGACCCUGGCAGGGGAGUUGGUGGGGGUGGGAGGACACUUCCUGUUCCUGGGCCUGGCCCUUGUCUCCAAGGAUUGGCGCUUUCUGCAGCGAAUGAUCACGGCUCCCUGCAUCCUCUUCCUGUUUUAUGGCUGGCCCGGCCUGUUUCUGGAGUCAGCAAGGUGGCUGAUAGUGAAGCGGCAGAUCGAGGAGGCUCAGUCUGUGCUGAGGAUUCUGGCCGAGCGGAACCGUCCUCAUGGGCAGAUGCUGGGGGAGGAGGCCCAGGAGGCCCUGCAGGAUUUGGAGAAUACCUGCCCCCUCCCUGCAACAUCUUCCUUCUCCUUCACUUCUCUCCUCAAUUACCGCAACAUCUGGAAAAAUCUGCUCAUCCUGGGCUUCACCAACUUUAUUGCCCAAGCCAUCGGACACUGCUACCAGCCUGUGGGAGGAGGAGGGAGCCCAUCGGACUUCUACCUGUGCUCCCUGCUGGCCAGUGGCACUGCAGCCCUGGCCUGUGUCUUCCUGGGGGUGACUGUGGACCGAUUCGGCCGCCGGGGCAUCCUGCUUCUCUCCAUGACCUUCACAAGCAUCGCGUCCCUGGUCCUGCUGGGCCUGUGGGAUUGUGAGCAUCCUCCCUCCCUCACACUGUGGGCUCAGCCACGGAAGCCCACCAGAGAUCUCAACGAUGCAGCCGUCACUACUUUCUCUGUCCUGGGCCUCUUUUCCUCCCAAGCUGCUGGCAUCCUCAGCACCCUCCUGGCUGCUGAGAUUAUCCCUACUACUGUGAGGGGCCGUGGUCUGGGCCUAAUCAUGGCCCUGGGGGCUCUGGGUGGGUUGAGUGGGCCAGCACAGCGCCUCCACAUGGGCCAUGGAGCUUUCCUGCAGCAUGUGGUGUUGGCGGCCUGUGCCCUCCUCUGCAUCCUCAGCAUCAUGCUAUUGCCUGAGACCAAGCGCAAGCUCCUACCCGAGGUGCUUCGGGAUGGGGAGCUGUGCCACCAGCCUUCCCUGCUGCGACAGCCCCCCCCUAAUCGCUGUGACCACGUCCCACUGCUUGCCACCCCCAAUCCUACUCUCUAAGCACCCCGGUAGACAGCUGGCCUAUCUAGCAAGGAGGCAGACAGCCCCGGCAAGGAGAUGAGGAGGACUGAGUGAGGAAGGCAGGGCUGCCCCAAAAGCUCAGAGGCACCUCAUGCUAGCCAUCGAGGAGGGCUCAGACAAUUGCCUCAUCCCUCCCUCCUCCCUGCUGCUUUGUGUUCCUUCCUUGGCGAGAGUCAAGAUGGGUAGAGUUCCACACUUCACUGUAGGUCUGGGCCUCAUCCUGUGCCCAAAGACAUCCUCCCAGACCGCAUUCUUUCUUGCACUUCCAUCCGUUUCAAUAAAGACAUUUUCAGUAAAUGAGCAUACCAUA